AUGAAUAAAUUUUAUUCUACUCUACGGAUGGGUGGUCAUACACAUCUUCAUUGUUUAUUAUAUCAGAUUCUACUUUCUUCAAUUAAAACAAGAUCAAAUCCGAUUUCAACCCUUGAAGGGAUGGUCGUCAAGGGAAAAUACGAUGAUUGGAAACCCAUCCAAAACAUUUAA